UUAUAAUAUUUCCAAAUUUUCCAGAUGAUUUCCUUAAACUCUAAAAAAGGAUUGAUUUUCUUUUUGUUUUUUUCUUUGAUUUGCAUUGAAUAUGCAAUUGGAAUGCGAGGGGCAGGAGGCUCUCGAAGAGGAAGGCGCCGUGAAGCUGAGAAAGCAGAAAAUCCUGGAGGAGACAAAAAGCGAUCUAAAGCUGGAGGUGCAGGAAGUUCUAAAGGAACGGAAAAGCAUCUUGGAGAUAAAGGUGCAGGAGGUUCUGGAGGUGGAAAGCUCCCAAGUGAUCCAACUGAUGCAACAGAAUGCGAGCUUGUAAUGGAUGAGAUACUACGUAAUUAUAGAUAUUUAGCUUAA